AACGAUCGACGGUUUAAUCUAAGUAGACUUGCGUUCUCUCUCUUCAUUUGAUCCAAUCUCUCUCUCUCUCUCUGUGAAUUCAUCAAGAAAAUGGCGGAUCAGCUCACCGAUGAUCAGAUCUCUGAGUUCAAGGAGGCGUUCAGUCUCUUCGAUAAGGAUGGAGAUGGUUGCAUCACAACGAAGGAACUUGGAACUGUGAUGAGAUCACUUGGACAGAAUCCAACUGAGGCAGAACUUCAAGACAUGAUAAACGAAGUUGAUGCAGAUGGUAAUGGAACAAUAGAUUUUCCUGAGUUUCUAAACCUGAUGGCAAGAAAGAUGAAGGAUACAGAUUCAGAGGAGGAACUGAAAGAGGCGUUCAGAGUGUUUGACAAGGAUCAGAAUGGAUUCAUUUCUGCUGCUGAAUUGCGUCAUGUUAUGACAAAUCUUGGGGAGAAGCUAACUGAUGAAGAAGUUGAUGAAAUGGUUAGAGAAGCUGAUGUUGAUGGUGAUGGCCAGAUCAACUAUGAAGAAUUUGUCAAGGUGAUGAUGGCCAAGUAAAAUCUAUAUUAUAUUUUCUCUACUACUUACUAAUAACAAAAAAGAUCUCUUCUUUAUAUUACAGAAGAUAACCCUUUUUUUUUCAAUCAUCUUCUUCCCCCCUUAUAAACAUAAAUCAUCAUGAAGAUGGGUGCAAAAUCUAUUUUCUUCUUUAUUUCUGUUCUUUGUGAUUUGUAAACAUCUUUCUUCCCUUUGAGGUUGAAUCUAUUGAUUAAUCCU